AUGGCGCCGCCGCGCGCGCCGCCGUCGCCCACCGCGACGAACGCGCCGUCCUCCUCGCCCGCGGGGGGCGCGGCGCGGAGCGAAGAAGACCUCGAGACCGCGCUGGGGAUGGCGAACGACAUCAUCUCGCAGAUGGACGCGAAGGUCAAGGCGCUCGAGGCGAGCGCGGAGGAAGCGAACGCGAUGCGCGCGCAGGCGGCGCGGCUGGGGGAGAAGCUCACCGCGGCGCGACGCGCCGCGAGAGAAAGAGGUUUUGGAGACGAUGCCGAUUUGUGCGCCGACGACGAAAUCGACGACGACGUCGACGCGCCGAGCGGCGACGGAUGGGCCGGCGCGGCGUCGCUCGUCGCCGACGCGCGAUCCGGGGGCUGGCUCGUGCGCCCCGACGACGUCGUCCUCGGCGCGGAAAUCGGGCGCGGGAGCAGCGGCGUCACGCAUCGCGCGAUGUGGCGCGGCGCCCCGGUCGCGUGCAAGAUCGUGGACGUCUCCUCGCCCGGCCGCGCGGCGACGUUCUUACGCGAGGUGCGCGUGCAGUCGCGGACGCGGCAUCCGAACGUCUUGCCGUUUUACGGCGCGCGCGUCGACCCGCCCGACCGGUGUUGGAUCCUCACGACGCUGUGCCACGGCGGCACGUUGAAGCAGUGGCUGUACCCGAAGGGCGUGGAUAACGGAACGAAACGGCCGCUGGCCGCGCGUUUACGCAUCGCGCACGAGCUCGCGCGCGCGUUGCGAUGCUUAGAGGAGUCGUCCCCGAGGUUGAUUCACCGCGACGUGAAGCCGUCGAAUCUGUUUAUGUCGUCGGACGCGGACGACGCGACGGCGUACCUCGCGGACUUUGGCCUCGCGCGCGAGAUUCGGGGCGGCGAGGCGGACGCCACCGAGGCAAGAGAAACCCUAAAAUCGAACCCUAACAGCAGCAGCCCUCCUCCGAAACCCUCCUCCGAGGACGUCAUGACCGGCGAGACCGGGACGUACGUGUACAUGGCGCCCGAGGUUGUGCGACACGAGCGUUACGACGCCAAAGCCGACGUCUACAGCUUCGGCGCGACGCUCGUCGAGCUCGUGAACGGCGCGCCGCCGUACCGCGAGUACUUUCAAACCCCGGUGCAGAUCGCGUUCGCGGUCGCGGACGGGAAGCUGAGACCGGAGUUGAAAGCGGCGGCGUCGAGAGCGUGUCCCGGGAUCGCCGCGGUGGCGCAGGAGUGCGUGGCGCGCGACCCGACGUCGCGGCCGAGCUUCGCGAAAAUCGUGGACGCGUUCGACGCGAUGUUACCGGAGGUGACCGCGCUGGAGGAGCCCGCCGCGGUCGCGAUGGCGAAGCGGUGCCGACAGGUCCCGGUCGCCGACGUCGCCGGCCGCGGCGCGCGCGCGAUCAUGACGUCGUGCGUCGGCGCGCCCGCCCCCGAGGGCGGAGAAGGCAACGCGCCGUUCGUCCUCCUGCACGGCUUCGACAGCAGCUGCCUCGAGUACCGCCGGCUGUUCCCGCUGCUCGAGCGACGCGCGGAGACGUGGGCGUUGGAUCUCCUCGGGUGGGGAUUCACCGACGCCGACGACGGCGGGAUCGGGGAUUACUCCCCGGAGGCGAAGCGCGCGCACUUGCACGCGUUCUGGAAGCAAGAGAUCGGGAGGCCUAUAACGCUCGUCGGGGCGUCGUUAGGCGGCGCCGCCGCGAUCGACUUCGCGACGGCGCACCCGGAGUGCGUCGAGCGUCUGGUUCUCGUGGACGCGCAAGGGUUCAUCGAAGGCUUGGGGCCGAUGGGUCUGAUGCCUCGACCGAUCGCGCUCGCGGGCGUGAACGUGCUGAAGACGCGAAUCCUUCGGAACACCGCGAACCAGAUGGCGUACUGCGACAAGGCGACGUUCGCGACCGAGGACGCGAUGCGGGUCGGGCAGUUGCACACGUUUCAGCCGCAGUGGGCGGACGCGACGUUGUCGUUCAUGAAGAGCGACGGGUACAAGGUGGCGAAGCGCGUGUCCGCGAUAACCCAGCCGACGCUCGUGAUGUGGGGGCGCGAGGAUAAGAUUCUGGACCCCGCGUACGCGACGCGGUUCGCGGAGGAGGUUCCGAACUCGAAGUUGCUGUGGGUGGAGAAGUGCGGGCACGUCGCGCACUUGGAGCAGCCGGAGGUGAUGCGAGACGCGUUGUUCGAAUUCGCGGGGAUCGGGGAAGAAGUCGUCGCCGCGUGA